AUGGCUUCAAUUUCACCCACAUGUUCCCCAACUUCUCUUCAACUCCGAUUAGCUUUCAAUUCCUCUAAAUUUCCCCUUUCUCAUAAUCAUGCGCGUCUUCGCACCAUCAACCCUCGUCUUCCACCACUUUGCUCCGUCCAUAACGACAAGGGAGCCGCCUCCAAUCCUAAGGCCGAUGGAUUCUCGGGAUGGUCCGAUUCAUCUAAUCAUCCCCAAAACAACAAGGAUUCAUUCGGAGGAGUUGUGGGAGUAGGAGUGGCUGGACUAAUUCUUUUUACAGGGCUUACCUUUCUUGCAUUAUCUCUUGGAAAACGAAAAGGUUCCGGACUGGAGGAACAAAUGAAGCCUUUGACAACACAUCAGGAGCUGCAUUUGUCUCCUGAUGACUGUGACGACAAUAUUACAGGACCCGGAAAUGCUGAGAACAAGUUGGUACAAGAAAAUGGUAAAAUGGAAGGUCAGAUAAAAACAUCCCGGGAUUAUUCUUCUCCUGAGUCCGAUAACAUUCAAGGUGACUAUAGAACUGAUGAUGAUUCUCAUAUAGGAUCCGAGUAUCUAUACGAUAUUAAAAACACCUCCAAUGGUAUUAAUGAUACUUCUAAUCAUAUAUCUGUUCAAGAAGACUUGUUGCAUGACUCACCUCAUGAUAAUGACCUAAUUGUUCCUAGUGAAAACCAAAUACCUCUUCAAACUGAAAAUACUGUUGAUUUUGAUAGAAACCUGCCUGUAGAUACAACAGAAUCUACUGCCUAUCUUAAAGAAAACCAAUUUAAUGCUGAACCAGGAAACAUACCCAAUUACGACGGUAAGCCACUAGGUAUUAAUAAUGAGCAGCAGUCGAGUGGGAGUGGAAAUUCUGACAUUUCCGAAUCCUCAUAUGGUUUAGGUGCUGAUAAUAAGACUGAAUCUGCUGGUACAGUGGUAAAUCCCAAGUCAAACAACAUAAUUUCAUAUCCUAAGAUUUUUACUGAAGAUGAUCAAGACAAUAUUGACCUUAACAAAACUCAACAGGUCUCAUAUGAGGAAAAUAAAUCAUCUUUCGAAGAGAAGAGUAUCCUUGGAAAUGACCUUUUAAGUAAAUCAGUAUUCUCACCAUCCACCAAUUCAUUGGUAGAUGAUCAGGUUGGAAAUAAGAAUAACGAGGUUAAUAAAGAUAUAUCUGAAUCUCCAAAUUCUGGAUCCCUUUUCUCUGCUCCGGGCAUUCCUGCUCCAUCGGUAGUUUCUGCAGCUCUACAGGUGGUUCCUGGAAAGGUUUUGGUUCCUGCAGCUUUUGAUCAGGUUCAGGGACAAGCACUAGCUGCAUUGCAAGUUUUAAAGGUCAUUGAGCCUGAUGUUCAACCUGGUGAUUUAUGCACGCGUCGUGAAUAUGCUCGCUGGUUGGUAUCUGCUAGCAGUGCUCUUUCAAGGAAUACUGUUUCCAAAGUCUAUCCUGCCAUGUACAUCGACAAUGUUACCGAGCUUGCAUUUGAUGACAUCACCACUGAGGACCCUGAUUUUUCUUCCAUUCAAGGCUUGGCAGAAGCUGGACUUAUUGAAAGCAGGCUCUCAAGACGUGAUAUACAGUUGACUGCUGAUGAAGACAAUAGCCCUUUUUACUUUCUCCCCGAAAGCUCUUUAUCACGUCAGGAUCUUGUGAGCUGGAAAAUGGCCCUAGAGAAAAGACAGCUUCCUGAAGCUGACAGAAAGAUGCUGCACCGCCUUUCUGGUUUUAUAGACACUGAUAAGAUACAUCCUAAUGCAUGCCCUGCACUAGUAGCAGAUCUAUCUUCUGGGGAUCAGGGAAUAAUUGCUCUUGCAUUUGGUUACACCAGAUUGUUCCAGCCAGAUAAACCAGUGACAAAAGCCCAAGCCGCCCUUGCUCUUGCUACAGGAGAUGCUUCUGACAUAGUUAGUGAAGAGCUUACGCGGAUUGAAGCAGAAUCUAUUGCUGAAAACGCUGUUACUGCACAUAGUGCUUUAGUCGCUCAAGUUGAGAAGGAUAUCAAUGCUAGUUUUGAGCAGGAGCUUUUCCUAGAGAGGGAAAAGAUCAAUGCAAUUGAAAGAAUGGCUGAAGAGGCAAAACUCGAGUUGGAAACACUAAAAGCUCAGAGAGAAGACGACAGUGUUGCCUUGGAGAAAGAGCGGACUGCUAUUGAAUCAGAAAUGCAGGUCUUUUCGAAGUUACGGAAUGAGGUUCAGGAUCAAUUACAAAGUCUUAUGAAUAAUAAGUUAGAAAUAGCAUAUGAAAAAGAGAGGAUCAAAAAGCUUCGGGAGCAAGCAGAAGUCGAAAACAAUGAGAUUGCUCAUUUACAAUAUGAGCUAGAGGUUGAACGAAAGGCAUUGUCCAUGGCCAGGACUUGGGCAGAGGAUGAAGCCAAACGAGUGAGAGAACAUGCAAGAGCAUUAGAGGAGGCUAGAGAUCGUUGGGAGAAGCACGGUAUCAAAGUGGUGGUUGACGAAGACCUUCGCAAAUUGGCUGAGGCUCCAGCUGAAGUUACAUGGCUCAAUAUGGGGGAACAGCACUCAACUCAAGGAUCAAUUGACAGGGCAAAAAGCUUAUUGGAGAAGCUGAAACGGAUGGGUGCAGAUGUCAGAGGAAAAUCCCGAGAAACAAUUGACAAGAUCAUUCUCAUGAUUUCCAUAUUUAUAUCAAACUUGAAGGAAUGGGCAUCCAAAACAAAAUUUCAGGCUGAAGAAUUGCGUGAAACUGCUGUCUCAAAGGCAGGUAAGUCAGCCAAUGAGUUGCAGCAUAGUGCCGUCGAGUUUGGAUUUACUGUGAAAGAAGGUGCUAAGCGAGUUGCUGGCGAUUGUAGGGAAGGAGUUGAGAAAAUCACCCAAAAGUUCACUCAUAAGUUCAAAACCUGA